GUCCCUCCWGCUUUUCCCUCCCUCAUUCCCGGUUUUCCCGCCCCACCCUCCGCCUUUUUGAACUCCCCGAGCUCCUCCCCCUGCCCGUUAAAUGGGGCCCGACGGGACGCGCGGCCACGGGCAGGGGCGCCGGCAACACUGGGGCGGACCGGGAUUAACUCUGGGACGAAUCGGGACCGGCACUAAACGCCCGUAUCCCUCUAAGCCCCGGCUCUGCUCACGAUGGGCGCCAGGACACGAACCCCGAGUGGGAAAAGUGGGGUAGAGCCCAGGACAGAGUCCGGGAUCAGCGGAAAGGAGCCGGGAAACAGCGGAACAGGACCKGGCAGCACCGGGAUAAAAGCGGGAACAGCCGGGAGUGGAUAUGGGACUAUCAGGGUGGGCUCUGGAACCACCGGCAGGAUACCGGGAAGAACCGGGACUGGCUCCGGGACACCCGUGAUCCUCCUGCUGCUUCUGGGAGCGGCGGCGGCGACGACACCGAGUGCAGUGCCUCCCCCGUGCCUCCCGGACCAGCUGCGCUGCGGGGACGGCUCGUGCCUGUCGCGAUCCUUUGCCUGCGAUGAGGAGCUCGACUGCCCCGACGGGGUGGACGAGCUGGGCUGCGCCCCCCCGCCCUCGCCGCCCCCCUGCGCCCCCUCCUUCUUCCGCUGUCGCGACGGGAGUUGUGUCCCGCGGCUCUGGCGCUGCGACGGCGAACGUGACUGUCGCGACGGGGACGACGAGGAGCCCGAACUGUGCGGGACCCCGCGGCCCCCCCGCGCCUGCCCCUCCCUGCAGUUCCCUUGCGGGUCUGGCGAAUGCGUCCACGGGCGGUGGCGCUGCGAUGGGAUCCCCGACUGUCUCGACAGCUCCGAUGAGGAGGGGUGUGCCGCACCCCCCCCGUGUCCCCCUGGGCAGCUCCGCUGUCGCGACGGGCGCUGCAUCCCCGGGGCCCGGGGCUGUGAUGGGACCCCCGACUGUCGUGACGGCGACGAUGAAGAGGAGUGUCCUGACGCCCCAUCGUGUUCGCCCCCGCACCUGUUCCGCUGCCGCUCGGGCGAGUGUAUCGCGAUAGGGCACGUCUGCGAUGGGCGGCGCCAUUGUCGCGACUGGUCCGACGAGCCACUCAAGGAGUGCGGGGUAAACGAGUGCCUGGUGGGGCGGGGGGGCUGCUCCCAUGGCUGCCGGGACCUGCGGGUGGGCUUCGAGUGCACGUGCCCCCCUGGCUUCAGCCUGGACCCUGACAAGCGGACGUGCCAUGGCCCCCCCGGGACCCUGCUGGUGAGCACCCGGCACCAGGUGCUGGCACUAGGGGGCCCUGAACCCCAAAUCCUGCGGGGGCCCCUCAAGCACGCAACCGCACUGGACGUCAGCGUCGAGGCAGGGUCCCUGUUCUGGGGGGAUCCCAGCGAGGGGCUCAUCUACAGAGGCCCCCUGGCUGCAGGGCCGGCGGUGCCGCUGGGGGCGGCCCCAGGCCCGGGAUCCCCGGCCGGGAUCGCCCUGGACUGGAUCCAUCAGCUCCUGUACUGGACCGAGCCCGGCUCCGGCCGCGUGGCUGUCACCGACGCCUCGGGGACCCGCCACCGGACCCUGCACCGGGACCCCCGGACACGGCCCUGGGGGGUGGUCGUGGACCCCCUGAACGGGUACCUGUACUGGUCGGACUGGGGGUCCCACCCCAACAUCGCCCGGGAGGCCCAGGAUGGGGGUCCCCCUGAGCCCCUGGUGACCGAGGAUGUGGAGCGGCCCCAGGGGCUGGCCCUGGACCAGUCCUCCCAGCGCCUGUACUGGGCCGACGGCCGCCUCCACACCGUGUCCAGCGUGGCCCUGGAUGGGAGCGGCCGCCGGACGCACCUGAGGGACGCCCAGCACCUGGCACAGCCCCUUGGCCUCGCCGUCUUCCAGGACUGGGCUUUCUGGACCAAUCCCCCCCGGGGGUCCCUGGUGGCCGUGCAGCUCCGUGUGGGCCCCGCUGCCCCCCAGGUGGUGGCCCAGGAGCUUUUCAGCCCCGAGGCCGUCGUGGUGCUGCACCCAGGGAGGCAGCCAGCAGGCCCCAACCGCUGUGAGGGUCCCGGAGAUCUCUGCUCUUUCCUGUGCCUCCCCUCCCCUGCCCGCGGCCCUGGCUCCSCCCGGUUCAGCUGCGCCUGCCCCGAUGGGGAGAACUUGGACAGUGAUGGACACACCUGUGUCACAGAGCACCCCGGGACCCUGGAGCCCCUCACUCGGAACUUCAGCAGGAUGGGAAACACCUCGACAGGUGACCUCAGGGUGCCAGGGAGGCCCGAGGGGGCCCAGCCAGGGCUGACGGCACUCGGAAUCAUGCUGCCCCUCGGGCUGGUGCUGUGCCUGGGGCUGGUGGCCAGAGCGCUGUGGCAGGGCUGGCGCCGGCGCAGCACCAACAGCAUCAGCUUCACCAACGCCGCCUUCCGGAAAGGCCUUGGAGACCCCUUGGAUGGCGGGGGACUCGGGGACCCCCUGCAGCCACUGACAUCAGAGGAGGAGGAGCCCUGAGGAUGUGGAGAAGCCGAGAGUCCCCCAGAGACACCCGGGGAGCCACAGGACUGAGAGCAGGGCUGGGAGCACACCUGGGAACACCUGUGUGCACGUGGACACACCUGGAUAGACAGCUGGACACACCUGAGCACAGCGGGGAACACAGCUGGGCACACCUGUGCACACCUGGACACAGCUGCAAAUAGCUCUGUACGCUCUGUCGUGGCUGUAGACACAGCUGGGAACAGCAGCACACACCGGGACAUGGCUGUGCACAGCCAUACUUGGCUGCAGACACAGCUGGACAUACUUGUGCACAGCUCUCCGUGACUGUGUGCACCUGUCCAGGUGCCCCAAGUGACCCCUUGGGCGGUUUUUUGGGGUUUUUUAAAAUACUGUGAAUCCCCCAAACUGAGGCCUUGGGGAUUGGGCGGGGCCUGGGGGAGCCCGCCCCUUGCCCCCCAAUAAACUUUUAUUUAUUGA